AUGUACCCCCUCGCGAUAAUCUCUCUCGCUCUUUUCGCCACCCACGCGUCCGCAUCGGCAACCACCCAUGCGCCUCGAUUCACGCACAUAUUGACCACUGUCGGCCAAUUGGGCGGUUUCGACUCGGGAGACUUUCCGUCUCAGUGUACGUCCGACUGCAAGGCGCUCGCCGACACUGCCAGCUGCGACACAACCGACGUCGGCUGUGUCUGCAACGAGAACGUGAACAAGGGCUCGCAGUCGUGCAUCGACUGUGCCAUCCGGGUCGCGAACGGCACUUUGUCCCAGUCGGACAUCGACGGGUUCCAGAGCGAGAUGAAGGAUUUCGAAGACUCGUGCAAGCAAGCCGGCAAGGCACUCGCAUCGCUCACUAUCUCGUCGGACGGUGUCCUCGAGACCGGAAAGAGCGCAGCAGGGAGUGGAUACACGCUCUCGCUGGCUUCUCUAGGAGGAAUCUUGGGUGCAGCCGGAGUGUUGCUGCUUUGA